AUGAUGCGCCGCCUUGCCCUUCAGUCCUCGCUCCGUCGCGUCACGCCCGCUGCCGUUUCUGUGAUGACUCCUGCAAAAGUUACGAGCCCAAUUGGCCACGCUAUCGCCAUUCGUCAGGCCUCCACUGUGGCCAUAUCUGUGCAGGGCCUGCAUUACGUCGGUACGGGUCUCGCUGCCAUUGCUCUUGCAGGUGUGGGUCUCGGCAUCGGAACCAUUUUUGGUAACCUGCUGGUCGCUUGUGCUCGGCAACCCAAUUUGACAAAGAUGCUCUUUAAUUAUGCAAUUCUUGGUUUCGCGCUCACGGAAGCUAUCGGCCUAUUCGCACUCAUGCUUGCGUUUCUGAUGCUCUUCUCGUAG